CAUCGCUCUGAAACCACUUUUUCUCUGUCGUUUCUUCUCCGAAUCCAAAGAGUGUGUGUGUGAGAGAGAGAGAGAGAGAAUUUUUGUGUCGCGAGCUCCGCGUGGAUAAUAAUGUUGGCGAUGGACUCGAGAUCUUCUCUCCAUCUUCAUCGCUCCUCCCCUCGCGUUGACCUAAUUUCCGGUGUGAGAAUGAAACCUAGUCCUGCUCCGUGUACGCCUCGAAUAUGUGGAUUUAUAUUCUGUUAAGCUUCUUUUUCUUUUAACCUCGCAUCUGAAUUUCGAGAUCUGAUCGUAAUUCCCGAAGAAAUUGUGUGUUCUCGAAGCUUCUAGUGGAAUUAGGGUUUGUUUGGAAGAAUUGUGGAUUUUUAGGGUUUUUUUUUUGUUGUUGUUGUUUGUGUUUUGCUGAGUCAUUAAAAUGUCUGAGAAGAAAGAAUUAGGGUUUCAAAAGACUGUUAUUAGCUUGAAAGAGCAGUUAGCGAGAACUACUCUGAGGAAUUUAAGAGCACAAGGUCACACUUACAUUGAGUUACGUGAGGAUGGGAAGAGAUUCGUCUUCUUCUGCACUUUGUGCCUUGCUCCGUGCUACAGUGAUGCAAUCUUGCUUGGACAUUUGAACGGGAAUCUUCAUAAGGAGAGGUUGUCUUGUGCUAAGAUCACACUUCUUGGUGAAAAUCCGUGGCCUUUCAAUGAUGGGGUUCUUUUCUUCGAUAGUUCGACGGAAGAAGAGGAGAAAAAGUUGAUCUCUUUUGGUGGUGAAGCUGGUCCUUUGCAGCUUUGCAGUGAUGGUGGAAGAUUAGAUAUUGUUGUUUAUGAUGGAGCUCGAGAUGAUCAACCUGCUGAUGAUGAAGUUGGACACUGUGCAGAUGAUCUGUUGAUCUCUGGUUUGUUGAUCAAGGAGAGGACACUUGAUGUGGAAGCUAAGUUUAUUGGCUUUGGACGUAUUGCUGCUAGGUUGUUUGAAACGAAAGGACGUACGACUUGGAUUGAUAAGUUAUGGUGUGAGUGGUUAGGAAAAGACGGUCCUGAGGAUGAGGAGAAGGCUGUUGUACCAGAGCAUGACUUUGCUAUUGUUACGUUCUCCUACUUUUAUAAUUUGGGUAGGUUGGGUUUGCUCGACCAUCCGAGCCGUCUUCUGACGUCAGAGUCAGGGAACGGGGAAGAUAGUGGAAGGAAGAGAAAGAAGUCCUUUUCGGAUCCAGAGGAUACAAGUGAUUCUCUGUGUAGUCAGGAUGACUCUUCUGAGGAGGUUUCUUCAGCUCGUGGCUCAAGAGCUUUACUAGCUAAUUAUGAUGAUCAUCUCGUGAGCAAGAGAGUCAUCAAGAACAAAACGGUGAGAAGGGAGCUUAGGAAGCAGCAGAGGAUAUUUUCUGAAAGGAUAUGCGAAGUCUGUAAGCAGAAGAUGCUUCCUGGGAAAGACGCGGCGGCAAUACUGAACACUAGGACAGGAAAGCUUGUGUGUGGUAGCAGAAACCUCCUUGGUGCGUUCCACCUAUUUCACGUGUCUUGUGUGGUACACUGGUUCCUCUUCUGUGAGAGUGAAAUACUUGGGAACAAGAUGGUUAGUGGGAAAGGCAAAAAGAGAUGCACAAAGCAUCAGAGUGGUGUGAAGUGGAAUGGGUUGGUUGGAGAUGUGAGCUGGCAAAUAUUCUCAGUGUUCUGUCCUGAAUGCCAAGGCACUGGUAUAAACAUUGAAGGAGAUUUGAUUGAGAGAGACACGUUUCCGCUUUCUCAGACUUGGAGAUUUGGUGUGAAAGUGAGUGAAGGUAGAAAAGCAUGGGUGAAAAAUCCUGAGAAGUUGGAGAAUUGCUCAACAGGUUUUCAUUUUCCGCAGCCGGAUGAAGGAUCUGUCAAGGGUCAGGAGGAGAGAGUGCAGAACAUGAAACUAGUUCGUUUCUACCGUGUGGAGUUGUAA